AUGCCGGGCUCGUCUCUGUGGCUCAUCGCUCGCAAAGACGAUGAGCCAUUCAACAAGUCCCUAAAGGAGCUGAUCAGCAGUACACUGCCAUCGGACUUCCCUCAGGCGCCCAAGCGCAAUUUCAUCCCACAUGUGACCAUAACCUCAGACAUUGAUCCUUCAAAGACCUACAGAUCAUCAUCACCACAGGAGUGGCUAGACGGCCUUUCUCUACCCCAGUUUAAAAAGGAGUUGAAUGAGGUAAAUGUCGAGCUCGAGCAACUCGAAGCUGGGGAGCCUUUCUUCAAAAAGGUGACUCUUCGAGCUGCGAAAGAUGCCAACUUACUCAAACUUGCCGCGGCAUGCAGGCAGCAGGGCCUCCUGUUGUCCGAAAGCGACGCAAAGAAUUGGGCAGAGAAUGAAUAUCUCCCACACCUGAGCCUGUUCUACGGCGAUAUUCCCAAGACAGAGGUGCAGAAGAAGAUCAGUCUGGUUGAGCUGCAGUUGGGCUUCGAGUUUGGGAGUCUUUUCGAUUGCUGUGGUGGCACUUUGGCUAUGGGCGCAAAGCUCGUGCUUGUGGACACCAGUAAAUCAAUCGAACACUGGACGCCCCUUGCGGAGAGGGACUGCCCCUGGGUGAUGUGGAAGAUGGCUAGAGGUCUGUUGUAA